UUAAUUUUUUUGAUUUCAACAACAACUGCGCCCCAAAGAUUCUCCGGUAUAAAUGUUAAUAAUAAAUAUAUAAGAGUGCGAUUUGGCAAUCAAUUCUAGUGCAUUAGAACGCAAAAGGACGCACCUACAAACUGAAAAUUGUAGUGCGUCGCCUGCUAAAACCUACGUUUGUGCAUUGUUGUUGCGAGGCCACCAAACACCGCAAAAAGUGUGCAACUUUUUAACCAGAAGAGGCAGCUAAGUCACAGCAGUAGCAAAACCAUGGAGAACGGUAGCAGCGGCAUGUCCAUCGAGCAGAUGUACCAAAAGAAGUCGCAGUUGGAGCACAUCCUUCUGCGACCGGAUUCCUACAUCGGAUCCGUGGAGUUCACCAAGGAGCUGAUGUGGGUUUUCGAUUUUGAGAAGCAUCGGAUGGUCCAGAGGGAGAUCUCAUUUGUGCCGGGCCUGUACAAGAUCUUCGACGAGAUUCUGGUGAAUGCUGCGGACAACAAGCAGCGCGACAAGUCCAUGAACACCAUUAAGAUUGACAUCGAUCCGGAACGCAAUGUGGUGUCCAUUUGGAACAAUGGUCAGGGUAUUCCAGUGACCAUGCACAAGGAGCAGAAGAUGUACGUUCCCACUAUGAUCUUUGGCCACUUGUUGACCUCCUCCAACUACAACGACGACGAGAAGAAGGUGACUGGUGGCAGGAACGGCUACGGAGCGAAGCUCUGCAACAUAUUCUCCAACAGCUUCACCGUGGAGACGGCAACGAAGCAGUACAAGAAGAGCUUCAAGCAGACCUGGGGCAACAACAUGGGCAAAGCCUCCGAUGUUACGAUCAAGGACUUCAAUGGCACUGACUUUACCCGCAUCACCUUCAGCCCCGAUUUGGCCAAGUUCAAGAUGGACCGCCUCGACGAAGAUAUUGUGGCGCUUAUGUCGCGUCGUGCUUACGAUGUGGCCGCUUCCUCGAAGGGUGUUUCCGUCUUCCUCAACGGAACCAAGCUCACGGUGAAGAACUUCAAGGACUACAUCGAUCUGCAUGUGAAGACAGACGAUGAUGGGCCAGUUGUUAAGGUCGUUCACGAGGUGGCCAACGAGCGGUGGGAAGUUGCCUGCUGUCCGUCGGACCGGGGCUUCCAGCAGGUCUCCUUCGUAAACUCUAUAGCCACCACCAAGGGCGGUCGGCAUGUUGACCAUGUAGUCGACAAUGUCAUCAAGCAGCUCAUUGAGGUUCUGAAGAAAAAGAACAAGGGUGGCAUCAACAUUAAACCCUUCCAGGUGCGCAACCAUCUGUGGGUUUUUGUCAAUUGCUUGAUUGAGAACCCAACGUUCGACUCGCAGACUAAGGAGAACAUGACUCUGCAGGCCAAGAGCUUUGGCUCCAAGUGCACGCUGUCUGAAAAGUUUAUCUCCAGCAUGUCCAAGUCGGGCAUCGUUGAGUCGGUGCUGGCUUGGGCCAAGUUCAAGGCUCAAAACGAUAUCGCAAAGACGGGCGGUCGCAAGUCGAGCAAGAUCAAGGGUAUUCCCAAGCUGGAGGAUGCCAACGAGGCGGGCGGCAAGAACUCAAUCAACUGCACCCUCAUCCUAACCGAGGGAGACUCAGCCAAAUCGUUGGCUGUGUCCGGUUUGGGUGUUAUUGGUCGAAACUAUUACGGUGUAUUUCCGCUUCGGGGUAAGCUGCUGAACGUGCGCGAGGCCAACUUCAAGCAGCUGUCCGAGAACGCUGAAAUCAACAACCUAUGCAAGAUCAUUGGACUGCAGUACAAGAAGAAAUAUCUGACCGAGGACGAUCUAAAGACCCUGCGCUACGGCAAGGUUAUGAUCAUGACAGAUCAAGAUCAGGAUGGUUCCCACAUCAAGGGCCUACUUAUCAAUUUCGUUCACACCAACUGGCCAGAGCUGCUGCGCCUGCCGUUCCUCGAGGAGUUCAUAACGCCGAUUGUGAAGGCCACGAAGAAAAACGAGGAGCUGUCGUUUUACUCACUUCCCGAGUUCGAGGAAUGGAAGAACGAUACGGCCAAUCAUCACACUUACAAUAUCAAGUACUAUAAGGGUCUGGGUACUUCCACAUCCAAGGAGGCGAAGGAGUAUUUCCAGGAUAUGGAUCGCCAUCGCAUCCUUUUCAGAUACGACGGCUCGGUGGACGAUGAGAGUAUUGUGAUGGCCUUUUCUAGGAAGCACAUCGAGUCGCGAAAGGUGUGGCUCACCAACCACAUGGACGAAGUCAAACGACGCAAGGAGCUGGGCCUGCCGGAACGCUAUCUCUACACCAAGGGCACCAAGCACGUCAGCUACGCGGACUUUAUCAACCUGGAGCUGGUGCUGUUCUCCAAUGCCGACAACGAACGCUCCAUUCCCAGCCUGGUCGAUGGCCUUAAGCCGGGUCAGCGCAAGGUGAUGUUCACCUGCUUCAAGAGGAACGAUAAGCGGGAGGUGAAAGUAGCGCAGCUUUCCGGCUCAGUGGCCGAAAUGUCCGCCUAUCAUCACGGCGAGGUCUCGCUCCAAAUGACCAUCGUUAAUUUGGCCCAGAACUUUGUCGGCUCCAACAACAUUAACCUGCUGGAGCCCCGUGGUCAGUUCGGUACGCGACUGACCGGUGGCAAGGAUUCGGCCAGCGCUCGUUACAUUUUCACGCUGAUGUCGCCACUAACACGUCUCAUCUACCAUCCCCUGGACGAUCCGCUUCUGGCGUACCAAACCGAUGAUGGCCAGCGUAUAGAGCCAUUGUGGUACUUGCCAAUUAUUCCCAUGGUGCUGGUCAACGGAGCCGAGGGCAUUGGAACUGGCUGGUCCACCAAGAUAGCCAAUCACAAUCCCCGCGAAAUAAUGCGCAAUCUAAAGCGGAUGAUUAACGGGGAGGAGCCACAGAUCAUGCAUCCUUGGUAUAAAAACUUCCAAGGACAUACGGAAUACAUCUCGGAUGGCCGCUAUGUGGUCAGUGGCAACAUUCAGAUCUUGCCGGGCGAUCGGAUUGAGAUCACCGAGCUACCAGUGGGCGUUUGGACGCAGACCUACAAGGAGAAUGUACUGGAGCCGCUGUCAAAUGGCACUGAGAAGAUCAAGGCCGUGAUUUCCGAGUACAGGGAGUAUCACACGGACACCACAGUGCGCUUUGUGGUCAGCUUCACGCCCGGAGAGUUCAAUCGCAUCCGCAACGAGGAUGGGGGCUUCUUCCGAGUGUUCAAGCUUACCACGACGAUGUCCACCAACCAGAUGCACGCCUUCGAUGAGAACAACUGUCUACGCCGCUUCCCCACCGCCAUCGAUGUGCUCAACGAGUUCUAUAAGCUGCGGCUUGAGUACUAUGCGCGCCGUAAGGACUACUUGGUGGGAAUGCUGACGGCGCAGGCCGAUCGCCUCAGUGAUCAGGCACGCUUUAUCCUCGAGAAGUGUGAGAAGAAGCUGGUGGUGGAGAACAAGCAGCGGAAGGCUAUGUGCGAUGAGCUAGUGAAGCGUGGCUAUCGUGCCGAUCCCGUCAAGGAAUGGCAGCGCCGGAUAAAAAUGGAAGAUGCCGAACAAGACAACGAGGAGGAUGACGACGAAGCGGAUGCAGAGGCAGCACCCAGUGCCAGCUCGAAGGUCAAGAAGGAGAAGGAGCUAGAUCCAGAUAAGGCAUUCAAGAAGCUGACAGAUGUCAAGAAGUUCGACUAUCUCUUGGGCAUGUCCAUGUGGAUGCUGACUGAGGAGAAGAAGAACGAGCUGCUCAAACAGCGCGAUUCCAAGCUCGCCGAGCUGGAUAAUUUGGUGAAAAAGACUCCGGAACUGCUCUGGCUGGACGAUUUGGAUGCCCUAGAGCAGAAACUAAACGAGGUCGAAGAGAAGGAGCGAUUGGAGGAGCUCGGCAUAAAUUUAAAGACAUCCAAAGCACUGAAGAACCAGAAGGGCACCACAACCGCCAAGGGUCGAAAGGUGAAGGGAUCGGCGCCACAGGGCGGCGGGGAUGUCUAUCCCGAUCCCGAGGGCGAGCGGGUUGAAUUUAAGGUCACUGAUGAUCUUAUAAAGAAAAUGGCUCAGGCGGCCAAGAUUUCAAAGGCUGGAAAGGAACCGAAGGAGAUUAAGGUGAAGAAAGAGCCAAAGGGUAAGGCCGUUAAAUCCGAGGCCGAUGAGAUGGACGAUUUUGACGCUCUGGUCGAGAGUGGCACGAAGGCCUCGCCCAAGACGAAGAAGGCUGCUGCUGCUGCUGUCAAGAAGGAGCCGGCCGAGAAGAAGCCGCGCCAAAAGAAAGAGAAUGGCGACGGACUGAAGCAGGGAAAACUUGACUUUAGCAAGGCCAAGGCAAAGAGUGUCAAUAUUUCUGAUGAUGACGAUGUGGUAGAAGCUGGUUCGCGGGUAGAACGCCCGGGACGUCGGGCAGCCAGCAAGAAAAUCGACUACAGCUCUCUUUUCUCCGAUGAAGAGGGAGGCAGGAAUGUGGGUUCCAGCGAUGAUGACAGCCCAGCUGAUGACGAUGAGGAUACGCCCAUCAAGCGCCCAGUCAAGCGAACUCGCGACGAAGACAGCAGCGGAGGACCCAAAAAGAAGGCGCCGCCAAAGAAGCGGCGGGCCGUCAUCGAGAGUGACAAUGACGAUGACGAACCUAUCGAACUUGAUGACGAUUCGGAUUUCGAAUGUUGAGCAACUGAAUCGACAUCAGCAGGGUCUCGCCUGUCUCGAACUGCUCUUCUUUUUUGCCUAUAGUAUUUUUAUAUUAUAUUUAGCUAUGGAAUCGGCAAUUGGAAUGGAAUCGGAAUUGGCGCUAUUAUAUUCGGAGGCUUAAAACUCGCCGCAACAAUUGUUUAUUAUUUCCUACGCACCUUAAAUGUUCUCGCAGCACACACACACACACACACACACAUCAAUUAAUGUUUAUUUCUAUUUCGUGUUUUAAUUUUAUACCUUAGGAGUAAACAACUUCGCUACAUUCUUUUGCUGUAGUUGAUCUCUGUAUCCCAGACCAGAGCAGCGAGUUAAUCCACCAACAGGAAUAAAUACAUACAUAAGCAUAAAAUCGAUGUAUCCCCCUUACCCAUGUUUUAUAAACAUAGUUCUUAGUCCUCUCAUAAACGUUUUUAUGUAAAUAAAUUCAUUUUAACCAAA